CUCGAGGACGUCGCCACGCGGUUCCUCACGCACCUGCCCGCGACCGAGCUGAGGACCGCGGACCGCCUCUUCUUCCAGAUCGAGCAGGCGCACUGGUUCUACGAGGACUUCCUCGCGGACGCGCCGGGCGCGAAGCUGCCGCACCUCCACCUCGGCGCGUUCGCGGAGAAGCUCUUCGAGAGCUGCGAGCUCUUGAAGCCCAUGAAGGAGGCGUUCCCGAACCUCAUGAAGGACUUCCGGGCCUACAAGAACAGCAUCCCCGUCUGCGGCUGCGUGCUCCUCGACCCGUCGCUGACCCGGGUCGUGCUCGUCUGCAACUGGGCGAAGACGUCGUGGGGCCUGCCCAAGGGCAAGCUGAACCAGCACGAGGCCAAGUACCUCGCGGCGAAGCGCGAGGUGCUGGAGGAGACGGGCUACGACGUCGGCUACGACAUGGGCGACGAGGACUGCAUCGAGGUCAUGAACAAGAAGCAGAACGCGGCCAUGUUCUGCGUCCCGGACGUGCCGCUGGACUACCCCUUCGAGCCCCGCGUCCGCAAGGAGAUCUCCGAGGUCAAGUUCUUCCCCAUCGACGAGCUCCCGGCGAAGCAGUGGAACGUCGACAUCUUCGUCCCCAACAUCAAGCGCUGGAUCAAGCGCCGC